AUGAAGUGACACAUGGAUCCCGACCCUAUCUGUGCCUUUUCCUAUGUUUGCGAAUUAAAUGAAGCAUUCAUAAACCAUAACUGAAGAAAACUAAGGAAGGAAGGAAGAGUGAGCGUGAAAGAUGCCUUGGGCGAGGCUUUCAGGGUCUCCAAGGCUCGACGUUGCUAUUGACAUGGGCAAUCCAUUUCUCAAUCUCACUGUUGAUGGUUUCCUUAAGAUCGGAGCUGUCGCAGCCACGCGAUCAGCUGCUGAAGAUACUUAUCAUAUUAUCCAAAAGGGGAAUAUCUCAAGUCAUGAUUUCGAGAAAACGUUGAAGAAGAUGUGCAAAGAAGGUGUAUAUUGGGGAACUAUAGCUGGCGUUUAUGUUGGAAUGGAAUAUGGGGUAGAGAGGAUCCGUGGCACCAGAGAUUGGAAGAAUGCCAUGAUUGGGGGUGCAGUAACUGGGGCCCUGGUAUCUGCAGCCAGCAACAACAAGAAAGACAAAAUUGCAAUAGAUGCCAUUACUGGGGCAGCAAUUGCUACUGCUGCAGAGUUCAUAAAUUACCUUACCUGAAUGAAUGAAAGUGGAUGUCUUGCUGGUUUUCUUGCAUGUUUUGGAAAAGGAUUGCACACUCAGUCUCUCUUUAGUCAUACUCUGUACCGGUUCCGUCUUUGAUAUUGGUGCAGUUACUUCUAAGAUAUGCUAUUUAUUUAACUUUCUAUAAAACCCAUGUUUUGAUAAAUUAUAUUGGCCAUUCGGUUUUCUGCAUGUUAGUAGCUUUGCCUUGCAAUUUAGUCAAGCUAGACUUGUGCAAUUUUGUCAAAGCAUGUUCAGUUCGAUUUAGUCUUUGGGUUUUGGAAUAAUGAAGGUUCUGGAUGAACAGGUUUUCAAAUUUAAUCCUUUUCUGCUGACAGGU